AUGCCAGUCAUUGAAGAAUAUGUCGAGGAGGAAGAAGUUAUCACCAUUGUUGGAGGUUUGAAAGAAGAAACAAAACCUGAGGAGAUAAAACCAAUCGGAGAAUCACUUGAUGCUGUGGUAUUGAGUGAUGAAGAAUUGGAAAAACUUCUUGCUCCUCUUGAAGAGGAAACCAAGAAUGAGGGAAUGUUCAGAACAAUUGAUUUUUCCUUGUUGUGCAUUGGAGAAGUUAGCGAAUUUGUAAAAAAGAGAAAUAUUGAACUUGUCGAAAGAGACAAUGUUGCUGUACCACAUUUUAGAUUCAGAAUUCCAUUGACCAAGAGAAGAAGUGAACAAACUGUCAAGUUGUCACUCUCUAAAUUAUUGAAUUUACCAUUGGAUGCUUUCGUAUUCUAUUAUUUGGUUGAAAAGAAUCAUCAUAUUUCUUUCGAAACUGGAUCCCAUCUUAUUGAAUCAUACAAUCCUUUCGUCGUUGCAAAUACUACUUUAGGUUUAAAGGAAUUCGAAGAAUAUAAAGCCAAAGUUUUGGCUCUUUCAAAGAAUACUGGUUACUUUGAUUUAGAUAAAGCCGAUCAAAUCAUUCAAGAAAGUGAAACAAAUAAGACUAUCGAUUGGAGAGCAAAGAGCAAGGAAAUUUUCAAAUUGGAACCUUCUGCUGAUGAAUUAACACCUGAAGAAAAUGAAAAGUGGCAUCAAUAUUUUGUUGAUCGUGUUGAAAAUCAAAAGAAACAUAAUAAGUAUGCAGAAGAAGAAGAUGAGGAUAGCUGCGAAACUAUAUUGAAAACUACAUUUUCAAUUAUGAAGAAUGCCCUCUCUGAUAUCAAAGAUAAGUCCAUUGUUGCUGAUUUCUGUGCUCAAGCAUGUGUAAUUGAUUUCAGCCCAGGAUAUAUUGAUGUUGGAGCUAUUGGAAGCUUGGAUACACUUGUUAGAUUCCAUUCUACAAAAUCAUAUGAAUGCAUUGAGCUCAAAUAUACCUUCUUCCACAAGGCUCGUUAUCAUAGUCACGACUUUUUAACUAAACUCGAUUAUAGGGUUUUGCCAUUGGCAACAAGCGAUGCAGAAAGUUUGAAAUCAAUCCCAUGGACAUUAUUCUUUGAAAAUUAUUUGGAUGAUGACGAUAGAUUCCAAGAAAGUGAUUGGAUAGCUAUUGAAAAGAGAAAUUUCAGAAUUUUCUUGAAACAAUUAAGAGAAUUUAGAACUGUCAUUCUUGGAAAUGAUACCAGAUACUCAAUUAUUAGCGAUUAUCAAUUGUUGAGAGCUAUUUAUUUCAGCUCUACAGUUCAUAGUGGCGAUACAACCCUUUGCAAUGACGAUUGGAUUGGAUACAGAAUGAGAACCAUGUGUGGUUGUCCAUCAGAAGCAGAUUAUUCUUUCGAAGAACAUGAUUUUGAUAAAGAUAUUGCAGAUCAACUCAAAAGAAUGAGAGAAGAAGGUGAUGAUGAAGAUGAUGAUGAUGAAAAUUACGAAGAUGUUGAAGAAGGUGAUGAGGAUGAUGACUAUGAAGAUAUGGAUGAAUUUGCUGAAGGUAAUGCUAAUGAGGUGAUGAAUCAAUUCCUUCAAGAACUUGCCUUUGGUGGCCAAAAGAAGAAGAAGGGAGGAAAAGGUGGCGAAAUGCCUCCAGGUUGCCCACAACAAUAAAUUAUUACGCACCUUACAAGC